AAGACGGUUGGGCUGCACGUGAGGGUGCGGAGGGGAGUUGCUGGAGGCUUUGAAAAGGCAGUUUUAGUUUGUCUCUCUUGUUCAGUUGUUUUAAAUUCUUGUAUAUUCGCAAAAGCACUGUCAACGGCUCUUCGGGCUUCAGCAGAUCAAAGAACAAACAAAGCAUCAUGGAAAAGUAUCAAGAUAAGUCUGUGGUACCUAAAAAUAAAGUAAUGGAUUCUACAGCUAAAAGUCAAAGAAAAAUGGCCAUUACAAGGAGUAAUAAAGAGAAUACGAAGCCGGCCAAUGAAUGUAAGAAACUACAGAGAAACGAAGAUGCCCAGAAGGUGAAAGAAGGUUUUAUUACAGCUUUAACUUCAGAAAAUGGUGAAAAAGGUGAUGUUUUCAUUCUUAAGAAGACUGACAAGCAGGAGGUGAAGGUGAGACUUGCAGGACCCCCAGCCACUAUGAAGAGUCGAACCCUCAGCCAGGCCUUUCUCUCCCAGCAGGCUGUGCAGCAGAAGAAACUGGUGGCAGAGGUCACCAAGCCCCAUGCCACCAUGCCACCUAAAGCAACCCUAGGCACUUACAAGGGCCGUGUUGUCCCCUCAAAAAUAAACUCUUUCCGGAGGAAGCCGGCAGAUGAUGGAGAGCCUGCAGCCAAAGCUGGCGAAAAGCCUUUGGUACCAAUGGCAGAAACACUGAAGAAGCCAGGGAAUGUGAGGAGGGAGAGAACCAAGUCUGCAGCUUCCAUCCCAGGACCUCUGAAGCCCUCUACUGCUUUGCAGCGCAGACCCAAGUCUACCUCCGACAAGACAGCGCAGCCUGUGAUCAAACCAGCAGGGACCACAGUCAUAAAAUCAGCCAUCUCUGGUGCCCAGAAGCUGGCUUCCAGUGUAAAUCAUCCCGCAGCUGGAACUUCUGCAGUGGUUUCAGCUGGACCUGGGUGCAGGAUAUUUCCUGCCACGUUGAAUCAGAAGGGACUACCACCAGGUGGCAAACCCCGGGUGGCAGCAGUGGCAAAUGAGAAGACAAAAAAACUUAGUGGCAGCAGCACUGUCAGUCAGUACCGGGUUUCCAUGGAGACAGCAGAGGAAAGGAGAGCAAAGCUGUCUGACUGGUUGGCCUCCAAAGGAAGGACCCUAAAAAGACCACCAAUUGCCUCAACUCUGUCCAAAACAUCAAAACUCAUGUGCAGGGUUCAGUCAAAACAUCCACCCAGCUCACAACCCCAGUCUAACCCAAAACCCACAUCUCCCAUGCAUCUGGGUUCAAACCUGGAGUCUCAGGUUGUUGCACAAUCUGAAUCAGUGUUUGAGUCUGCUGCACAACCUAAUUUGGACCCGGAGCCCGAAACCAAACAAGCACCAACUCCCAGCCCUGACAUCAUGAACACCACUUUAGACUUGCUGGACAACUCAGACAUGGACCUGCCUGUGGAUCCACAAGUCAGAAUGGAAGAUCUGGUGGUUAAUCUCUGCAGUGCUUUGGAAGCUAUGGAAGUACUUUCAUCAGGUGAUCAUGGGGAAAGUGGUGAGAAUGUUACAAAAGUAUGUCAAGUAGAGCAACAGAUGGAGAAAGCCAACAUUUUGGAACCUGCUGAAGAGAUCUUUGAUCAGAAAGUGAAGGAAGAAGGUUCUAUUCUAAUGGAGAGUGGUGAUGAAUGUGUGGAAGAAACUGAGAUGGAGGCAGCAUCGGUGGUGAGAUACAGUGUGAGGACAACCCCCUACCUCCAGAACAUGAAGCAGAGGAUUCAGUGUGAGAUGACCCCAAGCGAGGCCGCUGGCCGCCAUCGCCAGAGCAGUGCCAUCAAGGACCUGAAGUUCCUGACUCCGGUGCGGCGCUCCUGUCGCAUCCACCGCCAGUCGGCCCGGUUGCCAGGCAUGCUGACCGACCAUGACCCCACUGUGUCCUCGCUUGCCGAGUUGGCAAAGCUGGAUGAUGAUGCUAACGCUUACAUUUUCCGGCGCAACCCGGCACUGCUGGAGACCCUACCAGACCAGCCAGGAGAGGUGCAGUCCUGCUGAAGGACAGAAUGUUUUACAGCAGAAAGGUAGUGCAGGUGUGUAGGCUGAGCCCUGCCUGUACCAAGUGUAUUUAACACAAUGUCCCAGUUUAGGGUUCUGUAACCACAUCUUGGGGUGGACUGAAGGCUCUCUGGAAAGUAGGUAUAGCCUCCUAAUUCUACAUCUAUAAAUGGCAACUUGUACAUGUUAGCACAACUGGAGUACACUUGCUGUAUAAAUUUGUAAUGGAAACUGCUUGGCACUAACCCCCCACCAUUUAAAAGCUCUAUGUUUUUAGAGGGAUGACUUUCCAAAAUUUGAAUGUUUUACCUAACUGCAGUUUUCCCUCAGCUGGGAAGUGGGUUUUAAAUAUCUUAUGUGUGGACAUAGUUGCUUGAAUUAUGCUGAGUUUAUUUAAAAAAAAAAAAAAAAA